UGACGUCAAGAACGCGCCCGGCGUGGCGCUUGCGGCGUGCGCAGCUGCGCCUCGGCGUUUUGGUUGUGUCCGCUGAGGGGAGGUGGAGGCGUAGUGUGUGCACUUGGCCGGGAUGUUCCCGGCUGUGGGUGUUGUGGGCGAGGAAGAGGAACUGGCGGAAGAGGACUGUCCCGAAUUGGUCCCCAUUGAGACGAAGCUGAGAGAGGAGGAGGAGAAGGCUGGUCCCGACGCUAAGAUCCCAGUCACAAUUAUCACCGGGUAUUUAGAGGCUUGGGCCCGCCCCCUCAUUACCCACGUGGCCUCUCGCCCGUCGUUCUCCGUUCCUGAAGCUCGCGAACCUGACGGGAGAGUGGAAGUUUGUUUGCAGAGCGCUCUAGGAGAAAGUAAGGAUCAAAUCUCUCCCCUCCCAGAUGCUCUUUCUCACGCCGACGACGUUCAGGAGUGCACACGAGCACUUGAACUCGUAGGUGCUGGGAAGACGACACUUCUGAACUAUAUUUUGACAGAGCAACAUAGUAAAAGAGUAGCAGUUAUUUUAAACGAAUUUGGGGAAGGAAGUGCAGUGGAGAAAUCCUUAGCUGUCAGCCAAGGUGGAGAGCUCUAUGAAGAAUGGCUGGAACUUAGAAACGGUUGCCUCUGCUGUUCAGUAAAGGACAAUGGCCUUAGAGCUAUUGAGAAUUUGAUGGAGAAGAAGGGGAAAUUUGAUUACAUACUAUUAGAGACAACUGGGUUAGCAGAUCCUGGUGCUGUAGCUUCUAUGUUUUGGGUUGAUGCUGAAUUAGGGGUUGAUAUUUAUCUUGAUGGUAUCAUAACUGUUGUGGAUUCAAAAUAUGGAUUAAAACAUUUAGAAGAAGAAAAACCAGAUGGCCUUAUCAAUGAAGCUUCUAGACAAGUUGCUUUGGCAGAUAUCAUCAUCAUUAAUAAAACAGACUUGGUUUCAGAAGAGGAUUUAAGCAAAUUAAGAACAGCUAUUAGAUCAAUAAACGGACUGGGAAAAAUUUUAGAAACACAAAGAUCAAGAGUUGAUCUUUCUAAUGUAUUAGAUCUUCAUGCCUUUGACAGUCUUUCUGGAAUAAGUUUGCAGAAAAAAUUUCAGCAUGUGCCAACAACACAGCCUCACCUUGAUCAGAGCAUUAUUACGGUGACAUUUGAAGUACGAGGAAAUGCAAAGGAAGAAAGUCUGAAUGUAUUUAUUCAGAAUCUUCUGUGGGAGAAGAAUGUGAGGAACAAGGACAAUGACUGCAUGGAGGUCAUACGGCUAAAGGGGUUGGUGUCGAUCAAAGACAAACCAAAACAGGUGAUUGUCCAGGGUGUCCACGAACUCUACGAUCUGGAGGAGACACCACUGAGCUGGAACGAUGACACCGAGAGAACAAAUCGACUGGUUUUUAUCGGCAGGAAUUUAGAUAAGGAGAUCCUCAGACAACUAUUUAUAGCUACUGUGAUGGAAACAGAAAAACGGUGGACAACACGUUUCAAAGAAGAUCAAGUUUGUCCAUAACAGUAAAAGCAUUUCUUACCAGAGGGACUGGGUGACCAAUCGGGAGUAAGUUUCCUACUGGGUGUAUUUCAAGCAUCUGUUCUUUGCAUUACUUCUGUUGUGAAUUCCAGUGUACUUUAAAAUAGUGUUUAUUUUAUGGAACACAUAAAAUGUAGUAAAUAAAUACUUAAAACAUACAAUAA